AUGCUUACUUCUGCUAGCGUUUCUACUUGGGUGCACGGAAGAGGCUGGCGGAGGGCCAGAAGGGUGAUGCAGCUUGACAGUGAGGCUGCACCAUGGCCAGCAUUGCACAGCCGUUGGAAUCCUCAGAAAGCGGGGCUGGCUGCGCUCUUAGCAAGCCCCCAGCACACGGAAGCACUUCCGCUGGUGUCGUACGCGGAACGAAUGUCGGUGGAGCACUACACCUUCCCAGGCCAGAUACCCGGGUACGAGAACGUCACGGAUAACAUCAGCGGUGACGUCGGCCCCCCUGCGACCGUUGUUUUGCACCUGUUCGUCAAAUGCGUGCUGCAGCCGUCGGGGCGGGAGGUGCUGUGCGCGGGGUGGGGCUUCGUGGAGGCCACAGAGGGAGUGCCCAUUCUGCACCGCCACAUUGCGCAGCCGGAGGCGAUCCGGAACUGGCGCCCGCGGAUCGAGAUCCGGACGGGGGUGCCCAACGCCCGCAGAAUCUACCCCCUGACCGUGGCCAAAGCUGACGACGAGACGGACAUCCGGCCGUUCCACUUUGAGGGGGAGCUGCCCCUGUCUCUGCGAGACCAGGUUCCGGAGAUUCGCGUCGACGACUGGCCGCGCUUCCACUACUUCCGCAACCUGGAGGCGCCGGAAGUGCCCCCCCCGCACGCGACCCCAGAAAAGACCCUCCUCCUGCUGUCGUCGUUCUACUACGAGCCGCCACGUGGCAGCUACGCACUGGCCGCGCAGCUGCUGGUGCAUCACGUGCGGCACCACGUGGGGAUGGGCCUCGCGGGGGAGAUCGUGUACGUGCAGCACCACUACGUCCCCGAGCUGCUGAAACACGCCGAGCUGGUGGAUUACGUCAGCAGGGGUCAGCUGCAGAUCAUUGUCUGGGACUCGUUCCCCAAGUACGACACCCCGGGCUUUCCGACGACGGACCAGCCGCUCCAGUACUCGCACGCGCUGCUCGAGAACUGGGGCCGGGGGCUCCGCAUCCUCGUUGCUGACGUCGACGAGUUCCUGGUGACGCCGCACCGGGGCAACGUCAGCACGGUCCUCGCGUGCGCGCGUGGCGCCGACCAGGCGCGGCUGCGGCGCUUCGACGUUAUGUGCUCGGGGGAGCGCUGCCCCGGCGACGGGCAGAGCGAGGUGGACCUGUGGACGUCGCCGGAGCCGCAUCCGCUGCGGCACUACAAUCUGAUCGACCGCAGCGCCAUGAGCACGUUCUUCGGGCGGCUGCCCAAAGUGAUCGUGUCGCCGGAACGGGUGCGGCAUUUUUACGUGCACGAGGGGGUGGUCGUUGCCGGGGGCGCGGACGUCGAGGUGCGGGAAGGGUGCGCGUUUCUAGCGCACGUGCUGUGCCUGUAUAGCAAGCGGAGCGACAAGGUGAACUUUGAGCUGGAUACUUCUUGGCAUUGGUUGUUUGAGAAUCUGGACUGAGUCAGAUCACAGGGAUCAGUUCGACAGCGCGACCGAUUCUGUGACGAUGUUACUGUAGUACGGUAGGUGAUGUAAGGACUUAGCUUGACGGCCCCACCGCUUUUGCAAGAAUUCAAUGCGAGGAAAUCGACUCUCGGAAGGAGCGUAAUCUGUGGUGAGCUGGCCUUUACGAUUGGUUCGAACAAAUCUGCUUUAAGUUCGGGGUUCGUUUGGAUGUAGCGAAGAAGGUCAAAAGAAGGUCGAAGGUAGAACGCAAACCCCGUACGGGAGACUUCCCAUUUUUAUCCUAGCCUAGAAGAGCAGCGCAGUCUAGAACAAUCAGUACUAUACGGCCUUGUAGUACAGUCAGAAUCAGAAUGCUGCUACACUAAAAAACACGUACAUAAUUGCUAUUGGCGCGCCGGGCUCUUUCUACAUCAAGAGGAGAUUUUGUGAUGUUCAAGGGAACGGCUUGUAAUGCUGCAUGCAUAUAACCGCA